AAUCCUUUUCAUUCUCCAGGUCUCUUUCUUUUGUUUUUUAGGACGUCUUUCAAAGCGGAUUAGCUUCAGCUUACUCUACAUCAAAAUGGGAUACAAAUUGACUUACUUCGCAAUCCAGGGACGUGCUGAGCCGAUUCGUCUGCUUCUCCUUGACAACGGUGUUGAUUUUGAAGAUGAAUUGCUAACAAGUGCAGAGUUCCAACCAUUAAAGCCGAAACUGCCUUUCCGUCAGAUGCCAGUGUUGUACGAUGGAGAUUUGGUCUGUGCUCAGUCAAAUGCUAUCUUGAGAUAUUUAGCCAGAAAAUAUGGCUUGUAUGGCAGCAACGACCUAGAAGCUUUCAAGAUUGAUAUGUUCAACGAUGGCGUUGAGGAUCUAAGAGUUACUUAUACUAACAUGAUUUAUAGAAACUAUGCUGGCAAAGAUGAUUUUGUGAAUAAUACUUGUCCAGUUCAGCUUGAAAUUAUGGAGAAUCUCUUUAAAGCUAACAAUGGAGGUGGCGCUGGUGGAUUUGCUGCAGGGGAAAAGAUUUCGUUUACGGAUUUCAACUUCUACAAUCUUCUGGACAUUCUCUUGGUUCUGUCACCCCCCAUAUUAGACAAGUAUCCAGUUCUAAAGGGCUAUCAUCAACGCAUGUCCGCACGUCCAAAAAUUGCAGCCAGACAGGCCACAGAUGCCUACAAACAGUUGAAGAUCAAUGGAAAUGGAAAACAAUAGAUGUAGUCGUUUAGGCUUAAAAUCUUAAUUGGAUGACUUAAGCUGGAAUAAAUUUCAGCCAAAUUAUGCAUGAUCUAUUUUAAUCACAGCAUAUGUAUUGAAAUGUUAGAUAUAGUUUUGUAUGUAAAUGUGAAUUCUGUACACCGCAUACUCCUGAAAUACAUCUUUAUCUUGAGAUUUGUAAAACUGCUGCAGUCAAAUGAAUUUUAUGAUUUUGUGUUCUUGCACGUGCAAGAAGGAAUUUAUGUAGUUUUAAGUAUAUACUUGUUUUAGUUUGUGGUUAGGUGUCACACCGUAGUUUUACUUGUUUUUUAGUAUACUGCACUUGCGCUGAUAUUCGCAAAAAUAUAAAUGGAAUGUGUUAACUGGUACUGGUACAGGCAUUUAUAAUGCUCUUUUCCUUGAGAUAAAGUGCACACAAAGUCCUAUUGCUCUGGGAAAAACUUUAGACAGCAUGUACUGCAUCAUUAAACACCCAUGGAAAUCGCCACAACUAUAUUGUUAAGGUUAAUUUCGUGUGACAGGCAUGCCAUAACAGUAUGAAUGUAGUUUUAUUAGGGAGUGGGUAAUUUUUCAUAAGUUUUGACAGAUGACCAGUGGAUGAUAGCACCUUGUCCUAUAAUGGACUAUAUUUAGAGUAAUUUUUACCCUUUUGAACUUAGGUGUAGCAUUGUAAACAAACUAUACAGUACUUUGAAAACGCUACAUUCUGCAGUAUACACAUGCUCCAUUCCGGAGCUUAUUUUUGAAAUUUAAUAUAGAAUUUAGGCAGUGGACAUAUUUCAUUUUACAAAAAAAUGCUAAAUAAGUUAGUUAUAAGUAAGUAUUUUUUAACUAGAAUCAAUAAUUCACAUUGUCUAGAAUCUUAUAGCUCAUUGGGCAGUAAUUUAGCCCUACAUUGUAAACGGUGGCACCUCUAUCAAGGGACUUGUGUCCCCCUACCUCAGCCUCAGACCUCCUACCUCAGUCGGACCAAUAACGGGUAUACGCUUCCUUUUGAAACAUUAUGCUGAAACAUCUCAGAACACUUUGAAAUGAUCAAAAUUUGCCCAGUUUUUCUAGGCGCCAAAGGGCGAGGGGAAGUAACACUCUGAGCCCCACCAUUGGUUCUCCAGAUCCACAUGCCUUAGUUGGAAGUUUUUAGUCUGACAGUAUUGCACCCACCCCCACCCCUGGUCAGGAAAAUUCUGGCACGACCAGGUUUACCUUGCCUAAGGGCAGUCACUGUCACCGAGCCUAGCAGUGGUGUAUUUACGGGGGUGCACGUCCUUCCAAAAAUUACUUGUGUCACCCCCAAAAAUCCCGGUCAUGUAGUUAAAAAUCACAAAAUCACCUUAUUUUGCGAACUAGCACCCAACUGAUCGUCGAGUCCCCCGAUCAGCACCCUCUUAAGUCUUCUAUAUACGCGACUGAAGCCUGGACGUUCUAUGUCCCCAAAAACCCGAGCCAUAUCAUUGCACCACCUACUUGCACAUCUAAAAGUAUUCAAUUAGAAUAGCAAUAAAGAUCAGAAAAAAAAAAAC